UUUAAAUGUCCGCCAUGUUGUGCAUGGCGCACUGAAGCGGCGCGGAGCGGAGCGUCACAAAAACACAGUCCGACAGAGAGCGACGAGACCCGGCCUUCCCGGCUCCGAGGCGACGCCCUAAACACUAGCACAUCCGAACAUUAGCCUGAGACUACCCAGACACAUCCAUGAAAGCUCCACUCGGCUCCGCUGUGGAUAUCUGGAGAUCGGAUAUAUUUAUAUCGCGUCUGGAAUUGUGAAAAAUGAGUAAAUUGUCGUUUCGGGCGCGGGCGCUGGACGCUUCCAAGCCUCUACCCGUCUUCCGUUGUGAGGAUUUACCGGACCUGCACGAAUAUGCAUCUAUCAACCGGGCCGUGCCACAGAUGCCCACAGGGAUGGAGAAAGAGGAGGAAUCGGAGCACCACCUCCAGAGGGCAAUCUCAGCACAGCAGGUUUAUGGAGAGAAAAGAGACAACAUGGUUAUCCCUGUGCCCGAAGCUGAGAGCAACAUCCCCUACUACGAUUCUUUGUACCCCGGAGAGUUUAAAAUGCCCAAGCAGCUCAUUCAUAUACAACCGUUCAGUUUGGACACAGAGCAGCCUGACUACGACCUGGACUCUGACGAUGAGGCAUUUGUGCUGAAGCUGAAGAAGAAGAUGGAGAUCAGUCUGCUGCAGUUUGAGGAGAUGAUCGACCGCCUGGAGAAGGGCAGCGGGCAGCAGUCGGUGAGUCUCCCUGAGGCGAAGCUACUGCUGAAGGAGGAUGAUGAGCUGAUAAAGGAAGUGUUUGAAUACUGGAGCAGGAAGAGGAAGAGCAGCAAAGCCCAGUCCCUCAUCCCCAGUGUCAAACAGGAGAAACGGGAUGGAUCCUCCACCAAUGACCCCUAUGUGGCCUUUAGACGCAGGACCGAGAAGAUGCAGACACGGAAGAACCGUAAGAACGAUGAGGCGUCAUACGAGAAGAUGUUGAAACUGCGGCGGGACCUGAGCCGAGCGGUCACCAUUUUGGAGAUGAUCAAACGGCGGGAAAAGAGCAAGAGGGAGCUGCUGCACCUGACGCUGGAGAUCAUAGAGAAGAGAAACGGCAUGGCGGAUUAUGGCGGGGAGGUGAUGGCUGAAGUCCUGGCUGAGCGUGCUCUGGUCCGGCCUCAGAUCAUCCCCCUGGUCCCUCUCACCAACCAGUACCGGCACCAGGAUCACACAGACCUCAAGGACUACAAAUCCAAGCCUGAGAAGUGUGAAGUCCCCCGACAGAAAAGGAAAUACGAGAAGAAACAGAAAGCACUGCCACUGUCAGCAGGGGGUGCUCACCACCCUUCUUUGUUCAAUGCCAAGGACCUGAACCAGUACGACUUCCCCAGCUCUGACGACGAGCCCUACUCCCAGAUGCUGUCAGGGUCAUCAGAGGCAGAAGAGGAGAAUGACCCUGAUGGAGUGUACGCUUUUAGGAGAAGAGCAGGCUGCCAGUACCAUGCUGUGCGUCAGGACUCUUUGGGCUCAUGGCCUUGGUGCAGUCCGUCUGAAGGCUCCCUUUCUCAGCCUCGGUUCAGAUACAGCCUCACGUCACUCACGGUGCCACGGCGAUGUUUGGGUUUGGCACGAAGGAGAGUCGGACGUGGUGGAAGGGUGCUUCUGGACCGGGCGCACUCGGACUUGGACCCUGUGUAUCAGGAGCUGUCUCCAGAGCGACAGGACCUGCCCCCCUCACCUCCCCCUCCUCCCCCCGUGUGUGAGCGCGUGCCCCCCCUCAGCACAGACACCACCCCAGAGCGCCCCCUAGACAGACACUGGCACACCGACCUCACACACCUGCUCCUGAGCAUAAAGGCCUGUCGAUGGAGACACUUCAGGCCCCGGACACUACCCCUGUCACAGCUCGACAAUGCCCACCCCCUCUUCAGGAGAAUGAGCCGCCGAACCAAGCCUCCCACCACACAACCGGCCCCACGCAGCUGCCCCAGAGGAGGGAGGGGUAUCAACCAGCCCCCUGUACAGGUGCUGACGGCAGAACAGUUCCAACAUCAUCAGGAACAACUCUCACUGAUGAAGAAACAGCAACUGGAGCAGGCACAGCAGCAUCAUCCCCCUCUUUCUGGAGUAACUUUGGACCAGGCCUCUGCUCAGUUGGCUGCGUCUGCGCUGGUCACAGCCGAUCAGCUGCUUGCUCUGAAGAGUAAAGACGAGCUGCCACCAGGAGGCGCUGUUAACGGAGUCCUCUCCCCCUCAGGUGUAUACAAAGCCUCUCACCUGUCCAGCUCUGCCUCCCCCUCCCCCGCAGCUCCAGCCCCCAGCCCCAGCGCUCUCCUGCCCAGUUCCACGGCCUCCACCGCCCCUCACAGCAACAACGGCACGGCCCCUCACAGCGGCUCGGCCCCUCACAGUAACAGCAUCCGGGUGGGAGCUCUGGUCCCGGGGAAGCGCCUGCACAGCUCCAGGACUCUCCCCUCCAUGGGCCCCUCGGCACUCAAACUGUCCCACUGUCAGAAGCCCAAAGCUCCCACACCGGCCCCCACAGCGGCCCUUAGCCUGGGGCCCAGGGAGAAUCACGACCAGGAGAAAGGGACUCUCAACAGUCUGUCAGAAAACACAGUGGCCAUGGAGGUUACGUAGCUCUGGUCAUCACCUCCUCCUCUCCUCCUUUUUCUCCUCUUUAUCACACCUCCUCCUCUUCACACAGUGGCCAUGGAGGUUAUGUAGCUCCAGUCUACCCCUCCUACUCCUGUCGCCUGCUUCACUCCUCCCACUCUCCCUCUCAACUGUCAGAAAACACAGUGGCCAUGGAGGUUACAUGGCUCUGGUCCUCUCCUCCUCUCCCUGUCUUUGUCACUCCUCCCCCCCCCUUAGUCUUUCAUCUCCUUCCCUCCUGCUUCUUCCUUUCUCUCCUUCUCUCUCCUUCUCCCAUCCCCAGUCCUUCAGGUGCUAUGCGUCAGUACUGCGGCCGAUCUCAAGAUGGCUGCCCCUCUCAAAAUGGUCGACUCUCUCUGGACGUGUUUGUUACUGCUGAUUGGCUCCUGUGUAAACUUAAGACUGAUGAACUGUACAGCACAUUUGUAAAGCCCCUCAUCCUUGUAUAUUACAUUACUUGAAUACAGAUUUGUUCAUUUGUGAUGUUUUGCACUCGACAUGAAAAAAAUCCAAUGAAUUAAUGAAAAGAUGAUUCUCUGCGGUGGAGCAGAGUGGACCGCAUGGCGCCCCCCGCUGGUCGUUCGCGUGCCGUUGCCUCCCGUUAAGUUAAAAUCCUCUGGUUCCUUCUUUUGACUGUGCUCCGUGUUUCUCGCGUCUGAUUGGCUGUUCUUCCACCAUGUGACGUCUCAUUCAGGAAAAGGCUCUUCCGUGCAUCACAAACCCAAGAAACAAAACGGUGCCCGCUCCGUGUGACCUUUUGAUCUGAUCACUACGCUCCUGAGUGACCUUUGACCCGAUCACUACACUCUUCCUCAGUGACCUUUAACCCCAGCACUACUCCUCAGUGACCUUUGACCUGAUCACUACUCCUCAUUGAUGCUGCUUUUUAUGAUUUCAGCGUUUGGAGCGAGCACUCUUCUGUUUCUUGUCCAAAAGAUCCAAUGCAGUAACGUGUCACUCCUCAGAUGUACGUGUUGUUUUUAACUGCAGGCUGAACAGGCCGUGAACACGAGUUACCGGGUGCCUUUAAACUUGGGAAUAAAGUGAAACGAAAAUAAAACCUGUGCUCUCUUCUGUGAAGAGUUUGGUACCGAA